AUAAGUUAUUUGCGCAAAUAUGUAUGAAUCUUAUCAACCACAACUAAUCGCACAAAGUUACGCGCGUCAAACAGAUUCCACGUUGAACUAAACAAGGUGACGUCAUGAGCCCUACCAAAAUGGCAGAUUUAGGAAAUCAGUGGGAAGAUCUUCGUAAGCAAGCACGGCAGCUUGAGAAUGAAAUUGAUCUCAAGCUGGUCUCAUUCAGUAAACUGGGGACAACAUACAGCAACAACAGAGACUACCAGAAUGCAAGUGAUACUUCCCCGCUGCUCAACAAGUCGAAUAGCGAUCACAUGUUUGAUACUAUGGCCAUGCAAAUAGAACAGUUGCUAGCUAAGUUGACUGAAGUUAAUGACAAAAUGUCAGACUACACACAGAACCUUGGCGUGAACUCUCAUAGUGCAGCUUUAUUGCAUACCCUACAACGUCAUAGAGAUAUACUACAGGACUACUCCCAUGAGUUCCAGAAAACAAAAACUAAUAUAAAUACAUUUAUGGAACGUGAAGACCUGCUAGGCUCGGUGAGAAGAGAUAUAGAUGCUUAUAAAAAUGCCUCUGGAGGUUUAAAUAGGAGGUCAGAUUUGCUUUUAAAAGAACAUGACCAUAUAAGGAACUCGGAGAGGCUUGUUGAUGAACAAAUCAGUAUUGCCAUGGCUACAAAAGAGAAUCUAAUAUCACAGCGAGGUGUUCUGGGUAAAGUGCAACAGAAAAUGGUGGAGCUAGGCAAUAGGUUUCCAUUAUUGAACAGUUUAAUGAAUAGAAUCAACAUAAGGAAACGAAGAGACUCCAUUAUUAUAGCAUGCGUUGUUGCAGUGUGUCUUAUUCUAAUGCUGCUGUAUGCCUUUCAUUGA